UGUGUUCCUAAAGUUGCACCAUUGAAAUUAUCUGAAGAAGAACAUUGUUAUAUGUUCCUUUAUCCAAUCAGUCGACCGUUAUUUACUGGGUCUGAGAAAGAAUACGAGCUUAGAUUAAACCGUGCUAAUAAGGGCACAAAAAAAAGACCAGAUCUUUCCUGCACGGUAAACGAUGUACCAAUUUUAAAUUCAGAGAUCAAACCACUAGGAUACACACACUUGCAACGGAGGAAGGAUAGCCUAAAAGUACAACUAAAUGCCCGAAAAUCAAUCAAUCUGCAACUGGAAACUAAGGGAGGUCCAGGUGAAGCUGGUACAUUUCUAAAUAUGGGCGAUUUAAUGGAAUCAUUCUUCAUGGAUCUGCAAUACGAUGGUUUAUACCGUUCCUGGCCGUUUCUUACCACAAGACUUGUGAUUGACAAGACUACGAUUCCAUUAGCAGAGUCUGCAAUCGGCCAUUUAGUGGCUUUGGAGGAACGUAUCGAGAAAAUUGCGGAAAACUACAAAUAUCGGAGUAGCCAAUUCACGCCACCUGCACAGAUGUCCUUUGUGCGUAAACUUCCAGAUUCUCCACAAGUAAAGUUGUUACUUCAUUAG